AUGGUCGCCCUCACCGCAAUCAAGGCGUCAAACGCGACCCUCCCCACCCGCCUCACAGCCGUAUUCGUCGGCGGUACCUCAGGCAUAGGCCUCUACACACUCCUCGCCCUCGCCCGCCACUGCGCAAAUCCAACAAUAUACUUCAUCGGCCGCUCUCAAACAGCCGCCGACCGCAUCCUAAUUGACCUCCGCACCCUCAACCCCAAAGGCACAUACAAAUUCAUACCCUCCGACGUCGCCCUCAUCAAAAACGUCGACGCCGUCUGCGAACAAAUCAAAGUCAGGGAAAAACAUGUCAACAUACUCGUUCAAAGCCAGGGCGUCAUGUCCGUCGGUCAAGAAACAAGCGAAGGCAUGCACGCCACCGCCUCCCUCGUCCUGCACUCCCGCAUGCGCUUCCAGCUCAACCUUCUCCCCUUGCUGCAAGCGGCACCCGGCCUGAAGCGUGUGGUGUCCAUCUUCACAGGCACGAAGGAAGGACCCAUCACAGCUACCGAGCUGCAGAUGCGCACGCUGAAGAAUCCGCUCAAGGCGAGGGGACAGGCGGCGAGUGCGGUCACGCUGCUGCUAGAAGAGGCGCAGAGACGGGCGAAGGAUGUGAGCUUUGUGCAUACGUACCCCGGGUUCGUGAGUACGGGGAUUGGAAGGGAUUUUGGGAUUGUGGCGAAGGUAUUGAGUAAGGCGGUGGAGACGGUCGUUGGACCGUGGUUGUUAGUUCCUAAUGAGGAGAGUGGGGAGAGGAAUCUGUGGCUUGCUACGAGUGGGAGAUUUGCUGCUGCGGGCGGGGAGAAUGAGGUCGAUGCGGCUGUGGGCACGAAUGGGAAGGUGGGAAGUGGGGUGUAUACUGUUGAUGAGAAAGGGGAGAGCGGCGGUGAGGCAGUUCUGAAGGUACUGCGGGAACUACGAGAGCAGAAGAAGGACGAGUGGUGUUGGGAGGAAGUGCGCAAAGAACUUCUCAGGAUCACAGAGAAGGAGAGUCUGUAA